AGUAAACUUUAAUUUUUGAUUGUGUUUUAAUUGUUGUGAACAAUCAACUUUCUAAUUAUUUUGAAAUUAAGUUAAUUUUGUUAAUUUCUAAUCCAUUAAGUGUUGUCUACUUUAGAAUAUGUGUCUCUAUUUACAAUUUUGGAAUAUAUAAAAUACAUAUUAUGUUUCCGCCAUUUUUGUUGAUCUUUUCAAUUGUUUCUCUCAUUGGAUAUUAAUUGUGAUUAAAUUGAACUUUUUCUUUCAUGGAUUAAAAGUGUUUCUUCAAAGUGAUUAACUAUUAACUGUCUGGGAAUACAAAAUUAAUUCCAUUUAUCAUAUAAUCUCUUUGUCUCAUACACCAUCUCGGAGAAAAUUUCAUUUGUUCUUUUUAGAGAUUUUUUAUUCUUUUCUCUUUUUAGAAUUUGUUAUUUUCUCUUUUCUCGCUUAUUAAGCCAACAAGUGUUUUCUUUUGUGAAAAAAAAUUAUGACAAAAUGAAGGAUAUUUACAAUUACAUUAACCAUUCGACCUCAUUGGUCACCAUUGUUUUUCUUUUAUCUAUUAGUCUCGUCAGUCCAGUUUACUCAUUAUGUGAAACUGGACAAGGUGAAAAGGUCGCCAUCUUGGAAAUACCGGAAAGUCUUGGUCAAAGAAUGGAUCAAGAAACAAAACCAAGAGAAUUACCAAUAACCGGAAAUUUAUCUGAAAUUGAACUUACAGUUCUGUCUGAAACUCAUCGUUAUUUUACCCUGAAAGAUAAACGAUUGGUACUUAAUCGACCAUUGGAUAGAGAUAAAGAUGGAUUGACUUCUAUUUACAUGCAAAUAUCUUGCCUGGAGAAACGAUCUGGAGUUAAGAAAUCAAUUCCAAUCCUGGUUAAAGUGAUGGAUAUUAAUGACAAUCCACCAAUAUUUAAAUCUAAUCAUUAUGCUGUCAAUGUAUCAGAGUUAACUCCCAUUGGAAGUACAAUUUUCAAAGAUCUGGAAGCGACCGAUUCAGAUUCUGGUAACAAUGGACUAGUUGAAUACUUAAUCCAACCAUUAGAUGGUGGACAGACUGAUGGAUUUGGAUAUUUUGAGAUUAAAAUGCCUCAUCAAGGAUUAGUUACAAUUAAGAAGCCCCUUGAUUAUGAACGCACCAAUUUGUACAAAUUAAAAGUUAUUGCAAUGGAUAAAGGUUAUAAUGGUUCAGAUAGGCUCUCAUCAACAGCGAUCCUAACAAUUAACGUAAUCGAUGGUGAUGAUCAAGAUCCUUAUUUCGUAAAUAAAAAUUGUCAACUAAAUAAGGAAGGUCGAUGUUCAGAAGUUAAUUACUUUGCUUCGGUGACAAGCGAUUCAACGAUUGGAAUCGUAAAUAUAUCGCCUGAGGCAAUUUUCGCUCGUGAUGGUGACACUUUGAACACUUCGGUAGUUUAUUCAUUUGUCAAUGGAACUCCAAGUAAUUAUGUUGAUUACUUUUCAAUUGACCGGACAAGUGGAUUAGUUAAACAACUUAAACGUGUUGAUCGAUCAUUAAUCAAAUCAUUUACAAUCAAUGUUAAAGCUGAACAAUUAGAUAAUCCAAAGAGACACUCGUUUGCUAAAUUAACAAUUCAAAUUGUUGCCGUUGAUAAAAAUCCUCCCAUGAUUAAGGCUUCAUCAUUUGAUGGUUACGUUCCUGAAGGCUCAGCAAUUGGUACAAUUGUUUACCAAGAUCGGUUAACUAAAACCCCUCUUAAAUUAACUGUCACCGAUCCUGAUAUUGGUAAAGAUGAUGCUCCAGCAAUUUAUGAAUUUGAAGUAACUAGCAAUUCAUUUCGUGUAAAUGGAGAUGGUUAUUUAAUUGUUGACGAUCCUAAUCUUGAUCGUGACCCUCCCAAUCCAAGUAUUUACAAGUUUCAGGUGAUUGCUCGUCAAUUAGGAGCACCCAAAGGUAAAGGAGCAAGUCCACCGAUAACAAUUAACGUCCAUCUCGAAGAUGUCAAUGAUAAUCAACCUAAACUACCAACACUAUCACCGGUGACAAUUCAAGCUGGUGAGGGAGCAAGAAAUGUUUACAGAAUUGAAGCUAAAGAUCUUGAUGAAGUUGACUCUGGACGUUUACGAUAUGCUAUUUUUCACGUUUCCAAUCUUGGACGAGAAAGAUUCCGAAUCGAUUCAUCGACUGGACAAAUUGAGGCCAUCGGUAAAUUAGUCGCUGGUGAACAAUAUAGUUUAACGAUCUCUGUAACUGAUUCUAGUGGUAAAUCGACCCAAGGUAUACUCGAGGUUGUCGUUGUUCGCGGUCCAAAUACGGGUGGACCUGCUUUCCCUAAGGAAAGAUAUGAAAUUGAAAUUUCUGAAGGAAUUUCCGUUGGAUCAACAGUCAUUACACUAAAAGCGGUCGAUCCCGAAAAUGACCCUGUUAAAUAUUCAAUUGUUGAGGGUAAUGUUAACAAAGAUUUCACCAUUGACAGUGUUACUGGUGUUGUUUAUGUCGGUCAACCUUUGGACCGAGAAGAAGUUUCUUCCUACAAUUUAAUCGUUAAAGCUGAAGAUCGUGAUGGUCUUUUCAGUACUGUGUCUCUCAUAAUAAGUGUAACUGAUAUUAAUGAUGAGAACCCACACUUUUUGAGGUCAAAUUAUACAUUUAAGGUCGAUGAAGGUACAGCUGACGCGUUUGUGGGCAAAGUAACCGCUCGAGAUGCCGAUAUUGGUGAAAACGCUGAAGUAGUUUACUCGCUCUCUGAUGAUCAUCAUUUUCGCAUAAAUCCAACCUCUGGUGAUAUAUUCACAGCUAUGGCUCUUGACUAUGAACGGGUCAAGGAGCAUUUCUUUGUAGUGACCGCUAAGGAUAAAGCUCCAAAUGCCCGUUUAUCCACCGCAUCAGUAACUGUUCAAGUUUUAGAUCUUCAAGAUGAACUUCCAACAUUUACCCAGCCCGUGUACACGGUUUCAGUCCCUGAAAAUUACGCUAAUCGCCAUCUAGUCCAAGUUAAGGCCAUCGAUCCAGAUAGUUUACCUUCAAUUACAUAUGUAAUUCGUGACGGAGAUAAAUCACUUUUCUCUGUUGACCCUUCAACCGGAAUAGUCAAAGUGAUUCGAUCUCUUGAUUAUGAAACUCGUAACUCUUAUACACUUAUCAUCGGUACCGUUGAAAAUGAUUCAGAUGAUCCAAGAGCGACCACUCAAGUCUAUGUUUCAGUGGUUGAUAUGAACGACAAUCCACCAGAUUUUGUUUCUCUUCCGUCACCCAUAAGACUUCAAGACUCAGUCCCGUUGGGAACCAUUUUGACCACCAUUCGUGCUAAUGAUGCCGACGGAACUGCUCCUGGAAAUAUUGUUCGCUACGAAAUUAUCGGCCGCGAUAAGGCCCCAGCUUUUUUCAUAAUCGAUUCAACUACUGGAAUUAUCUCUGUCAAAGAUGACCUGAGAAAAGAUCCAGAAUCAGAGUAUCGAAUCGAUAUUAUAGCUCGUGACAAUGGAAGUCCAUCUUUAUCCGCUUCAGCAACAUUAACCGUGUUUGUGGAUCACAUCGCGACCCCUUCUCCUGAUCCUGGUCUUGGUUUUGCCGAUUCUAAAUAUACUGUUGAAAUUGACGAAAACACUCCCAGUAGCACCAUAGUUAAAACAUUACCAAUCAUGAAUAAACCUCGAAGUCAUUUCACUUUUACCUGUGAAAUAAUUUCUGGUAAUGAUGAGGAUAAAUUCAGUAUCGUUGAAAAUAGUAAUCAAGAUUGUGAGAUUCGUAUUAAAGAGCCACUCGACUAUGAACAUCAAUCGCGUUACAUGUUGACCUUGCGAUUAAAUAGUAUCGCCGGUUUAGCUGGAUUCUCAAGAUUGAUGACGCAAAUUGUUAUCAAUGUUAUGGAUGUUAACGAUAAUAAGCCUGUUUUCCAUGUCCCUGGUCGGUAUUCACACCUUACUCGCGAUCGUUACAUUGCCGCCAUUUCAUCUGAUGCACCAGCUGAUUCUCAAGUAGCUCAAUUGAAAGCAACUGAUUCCGAUUCAAUUGCUAAUGGUAUUAUCACUUACUCACUGAUUCCUUCCUCGGAUCCUCAGGGUCGAUUCAAAAUUGAACCUGGUUCGGGAAUAUUAAGAACCUCUCGCCCCAUGGAAGAUAUUCCUCCAAGCCAGUUACCGCUUCGACUUGAGGUUAUUGUCCGUGAUAAUCCACAGCUUCAAUCGUCCUCACUUUCUGAAUCUUCUGAGGUCAUUGUUAAUCUGAUUGAAGAUAAACACCGACUUAUCUUCGUACUUCGUGAUACUUCAACUGGUCGUGCUCAAGAAUCAAAGGAGCAAUUUUUACAAAUAAUUCAAGACCGAACUGGCCUGAUAACGGGCUGGGAAAAGGCUGAGUCACUGAAAAUCCAACGAAACCAUACAAUUGAAUCAGAUGUAACCGGGACAGAUAUUUGGAUCCACUUGAUUGACCCUUCGACAUUGAAAAUUUUACCAACUGAUGAUCCAAAGAUUGAAUCAAUUUUGUCUGAUGUUAAAAUUAAAUACUCACUGAUUCAAGCGUUAACUUCAGGCCUUGGAUUGGCCAGUUCAACUUUGACAGUUCGAUCUCCCUAUGUACCAAUAAUUGUUUCAACGGCUGCAGUUGUCCCAAUUCCAAUGAAUUCCGAUAUAAACAAUUUAGGACUUGGACUAAUUGUCUUAGCUGCUGCGAUCGCAGUCUGUGGCUGUGCGGGAAUCGUUUACCAAUGUGGAUCUAGUUCAAAAAGUUCAUCCGCCCCAACCACCGGAUCAACUAUUUCCAAGCCUGGUGGGGGUAAAGUUAAACGAGUUAUGAUGUCACCGGCACCACCUCGACUUUACGAUCCCAUUUAUACCGCCGAAACUGUGACAAGCUCAUCAAUCCUCGCCAAUAAUGGUAAACAAUAUGAAACUCAAGUUCUUCACAUGGACAUGAAAAUUGACGACGAAAUGGGCGGCCGAGGAAUAGAACGCGGUGGUUACAAUGGUCAUCAUCUUUCUUCAUCAACUCACUCAUCCUCAUCUUCAUCUUCAACACCAUUGGAAAGCGAUAAAACCUCCCUUCGAGGUCUCAUCUCAGUUCGAGAUCUAAUGUCCAAUGUAUCCUACAUGCCGAGAUCUCGAGCUUACAAUAAUCACUCACCAAGUACCGUUACAAGCACCGUCAAUGAUAAAUCUUCUUCAUCAAGGUCAACCAGUAGACCCGAAAGUUCAGGUUCAUCUUCAUCCAAUGAAGGCCUUAAAUCAAAUCUAAAAACGCCACUUUAUUAUAAAUUAUUAGAUGACAAUCGCUCACCAAUGUUUACUGAUGGACGAACCCUAUUGACCCGUGAUGGUAAAACAACUGAAUUGUAAUUUAAUUUAAUCAGUUGGAGAACCUUAAUCAGGAUAGUUAAUUAAUUACCAUCCAUCUUAAUUAAGGAUAUCAAUUAUUUUUUGUUUAUGAAACAAGUGACUGGAAAAAAGACUAAAUCAAUUUUUGAAACCUCUUCCAGUGCCAAAAAUUAAUUAACUCACUUAUUUUAAUUAUGCAAAAUUGCAAUUUAAUUAAUUGUAACAUUUUCAUCACAAUUUGUAUCAUCUUUUAAUCAUCAAAAAUAUCAAGGAUUAGGUCUUUGUAAUAUAAUUUUGAUCAAAAUCCUUUAGGUUUUUACAAUUUAUACAUUUGAUUUAAUCAUCAAUUUAAUUGUUAGUUAACUUUUAGCUAAUCAAUUAAUUUAGCUAAUGAUUUUAUCGUAACAAUCAUCAACAGCAAUCAAAAUUGAUUAUUUUCCAGUCCUCUUGUCAUCAUCAUCAUCAUCAAAUCCCUUGCCAUUGUUGAUCAACUAUCAAUGAUUAAUUGAAGUGAUUUAAUUUUAUCAAUAUUAAUUUGUAAUCAUCAAUUGUAAAUAUUAAUUAAAAAGUCAUUUGAAUUAA